AUGCAUUAUCACUUCUUUAUUGUCAACAAAAUCGGACUUAUUAUUUAUGAUAGAUACUACCAAGGCACAGCCAAACUCUCAGCAAAUGACAUGAUUAGGUUUUCAUCGACCCUAAACUCAGUUCACCUGAUCUCUGCACAAAUCACGCCUCCAAACCUAAGAAAGACUGGAUUAAAAGUGCUGAACACUAAGACUUUUAAGCUAUUUUGUUAUCAAACAACAACUGGGGUCAUGUUUUGCUUGGUGAGUGAUCCUAAUAGCCAAGACAUGGAAUCGCUUUGUAAAAAAGCAUAUCAGCACUACUCUGAUUAUGUCUUAAAGAAUCCAUUUUAUGAGACUGACCAACAGAUUAGGAUUGAAGGGUUUGAUCAAGCUAUUGAUAGGCUUUUCUUGGAAAAAGCAGUUUAA